AGGACAGAACAGCAGCUAUGGGCCAGAAGCUGGAGAAGAUAUCAGAGAAGGAUGAAGACUCACUGGAUAAUUUAGUUUGGCCUGAGCACACCGGAGCGAUGCAAGAGACAGAGGCAGAUGUCAGAGAUCAGGAUGAUGGCGGUUUGGCGACCCCUCAGAGUGCUGGUGGGAUUAGUGGGAUCAGUGUCAGCAGAUCAGCCACUGGGCAUGCACACAAGCUCACAGUCACUUCUGCACGUACAGACCCCCAAAGUGGGCAACCAGUCAGGUCUGAGUGUCAGUCAGUGCACGCUGUAAGCACCAGGAGACAGAAGGAGGGUGGAGACAGACAGAGUCAGUGUGUCACUGGAACUGUAGAGGAGUUGAAAACUGUCCUGAGCCUAAAAGACACUGGGAAAAACUCUGAACUGACAAUAAAGAAACAAGGAACAACUAAAGCAAAGGCUGCAGCCUGCACCAAGACUACAGCGAUGGACGAGGAGAGGAACAGGAAGAAAUCUGAAGACAACGCUCAACUCCUAGGUCUGACACACUCAUGUGAUCCUGAGAAUGAGGACUUUGUUGUGCUUGAAAAAGAUGGGACUUGGAUGACAUCUGAUGGGGAAAAUGAGGCCAUUUUAGGAGACAGGACAGAAGCACAGAAUCCUCAGUCGUCCAUCAGAAGAGCUGGCAAAGACUUCGAUGACGAUAACCUUCCCGAAACUUCCCUUCAUGAAACAAGCAGAAGUAAGUCGACAGACCAUGUGGAAGCGAAUGCAAAGACUUCACCCACCGUCUGUUCGGAGAUGGAAAUGGGUCGACAUUUGGCUGAAGUGACAGGCAGCAGGUGUCAGCUAAAACGAGUCGGUAAUGUUGGAGCUGUCCAAGCUGAGACAACUGAGAGAGGAGAAGAGAGACAGGAAAGUAUGAAUGAGCAGAGCUGGAGGAAAGCUCCUACUUGUAAAAAGGAGGAACACCUGUCAACAAUGAAUGAUAAUAGGGUGGUGAAAAUAGAAAAAAGCAGCAACGAAUAUGAAGGAGUGCUCCAUGAGGCAAACCAGUUGAUUAUAGCUGAGGAGUCUGGGGAGGAGAGAGAGAGGUCAAAGCACCAACCAGGAUUAGAAGAGCUCAACCCUUCAAGUGAAAACCAAGGUAGGGAGGAUUACAAGUUGGGAUUUACUGCACAAAUAACAAAAGAGCCAAACAGGUUUGCUGAUGCUGUCUCUAAAAGGGCUGAAGUAAAUCAUAUUAGUUUAGGUGCCAAGAAAGAGGAGAGCCAAGCUUUCACCACCUCAACUGAGCCCUCUAGCAGCGACAUACCACAACUGCAAGACAAUCCCCCAUUUUCACUGAGACAAUGCGAUUCAAUCCUUUGCCCUCCGCUGCCAGAGAAUGAGUGCCGCGAUGGAAAUAUACAGACUGCGAGCUUAAAGAAGGAGAGCACACCUGUUUGCUUUUCUGCUGUCAUCACCCCUCCACCUUUAACUCAUAUGUUGCCCAAGAAAGACCCAUCAGCUCCAUCACAGCCUGAGCCUCAUGUUGUCAACCCUGAGAGAGACGGAGUGGCCACUACAGAAAAAGUGAUGCCAAAAGGAAAGGUGAAAGGUCCACCGCCUCCUGUUCCCAAAAAACCUAAAAAUCCAUUUAUUAAGCUCAAAACUGCACAAUUAAUGUCAAAUGAGGUACAAAGACGGAACAAAGAUCAUCUGCACUCUGAGGAGAAGGUCAAACGGAGACACACCUUUCAUUUUGGGAAAGACCCUCUACGCAAUACAGUAUUAAAUCAGGAUAUGUGCUUGCUGUGGGACGAAAGGGGACCUUGCAUCAUACCACCCAACAUACGGCAGUUAUCAGCUGACCUAAACCCCAGGGAACGUCUUUCACUUGGACAAAUAGAUGAGCAAUAUGGAGACAUGAUUGACUUUGACUACUGUGCACGAAUGGCAGCCCUUUCAGGAGAUAAAGACCCAGAACACUUGGACAUGUUGCAGAGGGCAGUCUUCUUGGAGAGAAGAUCAAGGGGUAAAAACCUUCCUCCUCUUGCAAAAAAGUCCCAGCAUAAAUUGUCCUCCACAGAGACGCUUCACAUACCUGAGGUCACAUCAGGCAAUGAGAUAGAAAUGUCAAAACCUGCUUUUUCAGAGACAAGAGAAAACUACCCUGAUCUUAACAACAAAGUCAAUACACAAGCAACAUAUGAAAAGAGUCUCAAACCUGGCACCUGCAAAGAAGUAACAGACCAUAAUAUUGAUAGAGACACAAGGGCUGAUUGUGAGACGGUGUGCUACAAACCAGUGGCUGAAAUAGUCAAGGAAACCAAUCAAAUACACAGAUGUCAAAGCUGGGUGAAACCUGAAGGGGCCAAAGCUCCUCUUCGUGUUGCUGAACACAGUUCAAGCAUGAAAGUAUCUCAAAUGAAGAACACUUUUGACACCCCAAAGAAAUCCAAAGAGAGACCACAAGAAGUUCAAGCACCUCCAAAGAAAGAUAUGUUGCGACGAGUUGUGCGACAGAGCAAGUUCCGUCACGUCUUUGGUCAAGCUGUGAGGAACGACCAGUGCUACGAUGACAUCCGUGUGUCCAGGGUGACAUGGGACAGUUCCUUCUGCGCCGUCAACCCCAAGUUUGUUGCCAUCAUCAUAGAGGCCAGUGGGGGAGGAGCCUUCCUGGUCCUCCCCUUAACUAAAACUGGACGUAUAGACAAGGUCUACCCUACAGUAUGUGGACACACGGGUCCAGUGUUGGACAUCGACUGGUGUCCUCACAAUGACCUUGUUAUUGCCAGCGGCUCAGAGGACUGCACCGUCAUGGUUUGGCAGAUUCCUGAGAAUGGGCUGGAGACCCCUCUGUCAGAACCUGUGGUUGUGUUAGAAGGACACUCCAAGAGGGUGGGCAUCGUGUCCUGGCAUCCCACAGCCAGGAAUGUUCUCCUCAGUGCAGGAUGUGAUAACCAGAUCAUCAUUUGGAAUGUGGGCACUGGUCAAGCCAUGAUCAACCUGGAGGACAUGCACCCAGAUGUUAUCUUCAGUGUCAGCUGGAGUCGGAACGGCAGCCUCCUCUGCACCGCCUGUAAGGACAAGAAGGUCCGGGUCAUUGACCCCCGUAAAAAAAAGGUUGUAACGGAAAAGGACAAAGCCCACGAGGGAGCGCGACCUAUGAGAGCCAUCUUUUUAGCAGACGGGAAUAUUUUCACUACAGGGUUCAGCCGCAUGAGUGAGCGCCAGCUAGCCUUGUGGAAAAGUGACAACAUGGAUGAGCCCAUAUGUGUUCAGGAAAUGGACACUAGUAAUGGAGUCCUGCUGCCAUUCUACGACCCUGACACCAGUGUCGUGUACCUGUGUGGGAAGGGUGACAGCAGCAUCCGCUACUUUGAGAUCACAGAUGAGGCGCCGUACGUUCACUACCUCAGCACGUUUUCUACCAAGGAGCCGCAGAGGGGGAUGGGAUACAUGCCCAAACGAGGCCUGGACGUCAACAAAUGUGAAAUAGCAAGGUUUUACAAACUACAUGAGAGGAAAUGUGAACCCAUCAUCAUGACUGUCCCACGUAAGUCGGACCUGUUCCAGGACGACCUGUACCCGGACACAGCAGGUCCAGAUCCGGCUCUGGAGGCAGAGGAGUGGUUUUCUGGGAAGAACGGUGGCCCCAUCCUGAUCUCACUCAAAGACGGAUACGUGUCCACAAAGAACCGGGACCUUAAAGUGGUCAAGACGAACGUCCUGGAGACCAAGCCCACCACGAAAGCAGAACACCCCCCCACUGUCCAGAAGCAUACACCUGUUCAGCCGUCAGCAAAAAUGGAGGAUAAACUGGAAGAAGUACUCCGAGAGUUCAAGUCACUCAGGGACCGUGUCAUCCUUCAAGACCGUCGAAUCGCCAGACUGGAAGAGCAGGUCGCCAAGGUCGCCAUGUAAGCCACGCCCCUUCAGGACCGUUAAUGGAGAGUCGGACGGAUGUGGUCGUCCAACGUCAAACUGUCAAGAUUCGGCUUCUUUUAGCUCGGGGUCGUCUUUGUGAUGAGCCUGAGUCUACAUUCCAACAGAAACUAAUGUUCAUCCAGCCUCCAGUUACACACACACACUCACACCCACACACACACACACACACACACAGCUCGUGUACAUUCAAAGAAAAGACAUUUUUGUCAAAGGAAAAGUCUUACUUUUUAGUUUGAAGUCGUGGUUCAACAUUCUCAUGUGACGUUUGUAAUUACUCCAACUCUAUGUAGCAUCAGUAUUUCCAUUUUUCAUUUUUGUGUUGCCAAAUAUGAAUUUUGCGUUUCAUGCACUGCUUCCACAUUUUUUCUCCCAGUGUACAUUCCUGUCAUGAAUUAGAGAAUACUUUAGUCCAGCUGGAUGAUUCUGUUUUCAAACCGUAGAUGUUUCUUCCUCUCAUCCGGUUUAUGAAUGUGGAAGAACAUUUGGAUCCUGUUCUGGGCUUUAACUUUACCGUGGGUGUCGUGGGGGGAGGUGGAGGGGGGGGGUGCAUUUCUCUGGUGUAAAUGUUGUGCAAAUGUAGUGGUGCCUCUUGUCACUGUUAAGGGUCCAAACGAAGCCGGUUUCACCCUGUCCAGUGCAUAUGUGGUGUUGGAAGGGACCACUGGGAUCAUCCACUGAACCCUGAAACAGUUCUGUGCACAUAAUAAAGAUUUUACACAUCA